AUGUUGCACAACAUGUGUCUGGGCUUCGCUUCGUAUGUCAAGGACGACGAGACCUAUGCCGCCACAGCAUGGACGAAUAUUAAGGCUAUGUUUAUAGAUGUAGGAGAAUGGACUAAUAUCAAGGUUAUGUUUAUAGGUAUGUGCAUGUGUAUAUAUGCGGAUGUAGGAGCAUGGACAAAUAUCAAGGUCAUGUCUAUAGAUAAAGAAUCGGCCAUGUCACCUUCGACCUUCGCCUGCGGAACGGACACCAAGUGCACAUACGCCAAACACAGACUGGAGGACAGUGACAUGACUGCCCUGUUGGCGUGGUUGCAUGAUUACACAUACCACACAUUGCACUCGGAGAUAGGCCAAGACGCAUACUACAGUGACCUUGUCGACGGCGUUAUGAUCGACCUCCAGAUGGCCACUAUCGCGGGAUUCACGGACAAUGGAGGGCAGUUUAUGAACCACACAGAACGGGCUAAGCCUCGACUGCUACGCCAUUUCCCCAAAGCGUUAACGGCAAAGGAACUCGCCGAAGGCUCCUCUACAUCAGACGCCGAGGAGGGACCCAAGACCUGGACUACACUUCGCAAACAGACAAUUAAAGAGGACAAACCCCUGGAAUACCUUGGGGUGUGGCUGUUGUUUGCUGGUGUUGGUGAACGGGCCGGUGUGGAGCUGAGGCGUUACGCGGGCGAUAGCGUUGUGGAGGAUGGCCACAGAGUGCCGCAGCUGGUGACGGAUAGUCCACUGUAUCGUGCAUCACUGGUAUGA